AGCGCAUAUGGUAACUGCAGAGUACAUUCCAGUACUGAUGCUCAUCAUGGUGUUCGAUUGAACCCCACUCUGGGUAUCCGCACAUAUCCGUUCCAGGUCAAUCCAAAGGGACGACUCAAAGUGGAUUUGUUCGAAGACAUCGCUCCACAGGACUACAGAAACAUGUCCUUGGUGACGUUGAUGAGCUUUUUUGUGCGAAGGUUUCGGGUGACCUCGAUCAUCAUUGACACGAAGAACGCAAACGAAUUUCUUCCAAUUUUCUUCAACGACGGCACUUUUUCAGAAUCCAAUAUGAGGCUCAACGUAGCCUAUCGGAAGCCAAAAACCGCUCAGGAAAUGGACGAUUUCAGGGCUGCAUGGCAUGCAAUACUGUACGAGAGA